GAAUUCUGAAAGAGCAAUCAAAAAUGAUAUGACUUACAAUUCAGUUUCACUCUUUAGUUCACCUUUCCGUGUACAAAGAUGAAGGGUUCAUGCAUUCGUUCAUCGGGUGCUGAAAUGUUCAUGAGAUGCAAGUUGGAUGAUUCAAUCAAGUAUAUUUCUUGUCAAGUUCGGGCACGGACCACCACUUUAACUAGCGUGUUUUCACAACUUCUAUCAAAAUUACCCGAAACGCGUCUCCCCAAGUCUUCAAUAUAUCAUUGACCACGAGAAAGAUUAUCACAGAGAUUCAACACCAAAACCCGAAGUAAUAAUGGAGAAACUUUCAAAAAGAAAAACCAAUGCUACCAUGAGAACUUAUUCCAAACGCACAAGAGGAAGCAAUCAAAAUCUCUCCAACAAGAGACAACGCGUUGAUGCUUCGGAAUUCGUGUCAAUUUCCUCUCCAGUUGCGUCUGAAUCGGUUGCUUCUUCAAAAAUCCAUUCUAAGGAUAGAUCUGAAGAGGGACCACGUUCUCCUCUGAUUCGUUCUCCUUCAAAACAGCUACGAGAGGAGAUUGGAGACUUUUCUACCAUUAACUCCCAAGUUUCAUCUCCUAGAUCCGUCAGAUCUAUCUCUCCUCUUACAGAAAGCAAGUUGAAUCAGCAAAAUCGACGCGAUAAUGAUACCAAUUCUUCCGAUUCUCCUCACUCUUUGAAUCGCAAAUCUUCAACUAAGGUUCUAGGCACCAAGCUCGCUUCUACAGUGGAAGCUUCAAAUACUACGACAGUUCUGAGAUCUAGUUCAAGGUUGCAACACAAUACAGGCACCAAUACGACAAGAUCACCCUCUCCUGUCUCAGAAUUAAUUAUUUCAAGAGAAAGUCUCGCUUCGAAUCAGACUAGAAUUGAUUCAAAAACCUCACGGCAAAAUCCACGGAAAAAUAUUACUUCGGCUUCGAAGAGUCCAAUUUCUCCCUCAUCAGAGAUUAAACCCAGACAAGAUACCGCUAUCACUUCAAAGUUCCAUCCAGUGGAGAAAGCUAACAAAUCCUCGAUUCGAAGCUACUUCAAACCAUUACCACAACUACAACCACAGCCACAGCCACAACGAUCUUCGAGUCCACCAAAAUCUCAAUCCUCUAUCCUUUCGGAUUCACCUCAGAACCUAGCAUCAUCUCCUCCUUCAUCGCCUCCCCCAAUACCCCAGGAUCAUCCCAUAUUAAAAAGAUCAAAAUCGGUUCGACGUCGCAUUAGCACCAAGCCAAACUUGCCAAAGAUCGACACCAUGUCUGAAAUCUAUGAAGAUGAUUUGCAGGAACUCUGUGGAGAUUUUACCGAUGAUUCAAGAGUCGAGUUGAUGGAACGCUAUCAAGAUGCCCAAGACAUGAGAGACCAAGCCAUCAUCGAUCACGGUACUCUCAUCCCUCUUUCUAACCAAGCCCUUGAAGCUCCAGAACGUGCAAAGCUCAAAGCCGAGAUCGCCCGUCCAAUGGGGUUUGCUCUUCAUCAACAAAUUCUAGAUCUCGGUCAAUCCUUUUCCAAUAAAUGCUCUAAUUGCGGCAUGCAGUAUGCGAUUAAUGUCCCCUCAGACCAACGCAUGCAUGAUCAAUUCCACAAGAUCUUUCGAUUGGGCGGACCUCUUUUCAAGCCAAAGUACGUCAAUACUCAAGCAUGGCAAAAAGUUAUCGAUGGCGAACUCCACACCAUCCAGUGUAUUAGCUGCAAGGAAUCAGGUCCCAUCAAAAGUCUCGUAGAGAGUAUCCUCGAGGCUACUUUGAUGGAUAUGGAUGGCAUCUUACCAACUCCCGAGCAACUCUGGUCCAUGAUCACCAGCCCCAACGAUGCCAAAGAUCUUAUCCCUGUUCCCCGCUACAAAGUCUUUCUUUAUGUCAUCGGCGCCCGUCCAAUUGGUAUUCUUCUCGCUGAGCGAAUCGGCAAAGCAACCCCCAUUAUGACCACUACCGAAACCACUGAGAAUGCCUCAUCCUCGACUUCCCUCUCCGAUACAUCCCAAAUUCUUACCGACUCUGCCACUUCCGCUCCACAAGAAGCAUACAUGUGCAUUGAUCGACUCUGGGUCCACUCUGAUUUCCGCCGAAAGGGUAUCGCUACAUCUCUUGCCAACCAAGCGAGGGAGAAGUUCAUCCCGGGUUUGAUUGUGGAGAGAAACGAAAUGGCUGUUAGUCAUCCUACGUCUGUUGGUGGUCAGUUUGCGGAGAAGUAUUUCGAGGGUGUUUUUGAGGGUGCGAAGUAUGCGAUUGGUAGUCUCUGAGGAAGCCUAGACGGGAAGGAGAAGCAAGCGAAAUGGGAUUGGUACUGAGCGCAGGUAAUGAAUACAUGAAUACAUGAAUCAACGAAUGAACGACAGGGAAAAUAGCGACUGGUCUCGGCGUCUUGCGAUAAUACAAUCCCGAAGAGGGAUAUACCUAGGCUGGAAUCUUAGUGUUCUUACAAUAGAAUAGCAGUCUCUUACUA